GGGUCGUCGGAGGUCGGGGAAUCUGUGAAAAUUGUGCAAAUAAUAAUUAAAAACUAGCUCAAAGCACAAAACUCUACCCUUCGAGCACGCACAUGCACGCACGCAAAAGGAAUAUCGGAAUAAACCAACUGUAAAAGUGAAGUGCCAGAUCCAGCAUUAACAAUACAUAAUUAAACAAAAACAAACGAGGAAAAAAAAACAUUGAAAUAUUUAACAUUAGACAAGUAUUUUUGUGAGUGAAACAAUUUUGAAAUCAAUAUACCCAUUGGUUGUGUGUUGGCAUGUUCAGUGUGUUCGAUGCCGGUGCGGUUAAGUGUCGUCUAUGGCCGAAUCCGUUAAAAGUCAAUCGCUCUCUGCAUUGACGGAGGGGCAGCACGACGGUAGCACAACAGCAACAGCAGCAGCAGCAGCAGCAGCCAAUUGCAGUGCUGCCACUGUCAAUACCAAUUCAAAUCACGGCUCGCAUAAACAGCGCCGCAACAACAACAAUAGAAGCCAUAAUCGCAACAAAAAAAGCUCCACCGCCGCAACAACAACAACAACAAAUAAUAAUAAUAAUAGUACCAGUGCUGUCAACUCCUCCGUCGCAGCUGGAGCAUCCGCAGAAGUAGCCGUCUUCGAAGCCGCCUCUAAUACUACCUCCGCCUCACGCCGUUCGCGCAGUCAAGGUCGCGUCAGCAGCAAGCAGCAGCAGCAUCAGCAGCAUCAGGAUCAGGAUCGGGAGACGUCGCAGCUCGCCAAAAGGUCGUCCGCUUUUCGAGUAACCAGCUCACGUUCGCCCUCUUCGCCAGCGAACGCCAAUAGCGAUCAAUCUAUAUCGCCUGGCUAUCGAAAGCGCCAGCAUCACCACCACCAUCAGCAGCCGCAGCAGAAAAGCAGCAGCAACAACAGCACCAACAAGAAAGAUAAAACCAAUCGCAGCAGCCAUCAAUCGGCACCCGGCGGAGAUCAGCUGGUGGAGAUCCCAACGCCGCCUAAGAAGCGACGCCUCCAGCCGACAACGCCCUACAACAACAAUAAUAACAACAACGAGCCCGUAUUUGAGGGAGGUGGUGGAGGAGGAGCAGCAGCUGCCGUCGCAACCGUAGGGGAAGGUGAGCAAACCACACGCCAGGCAUCCGGCGGCGAUUGUGUGGCCCAACGCACUCGCUCCAAGACCGUUUCACCGGAGGAGCGGCCCAGCACCAGCAGCGCAGCGGCCGCAGCACGCCGGGGACAACUCGGGUACAGCCCCAGUAGCACCUCUUUGCCAGCAACCAUCAAGCGCAAGUCCAGCGGAGGACUGGAUAAUAGCGCCACUCCCUUGCGCGGGGCACACACAACAGGAACAGCAGCCACACGGACCGGACGCCCUGGCAAUCUGCUGAACUACUACCGCAAGACGCGCAAGGUCAGCCACAGCCGCUCCAAGCAGCCGCAGGACCAGGACCAACAGCGAGCCAGCAGCAGCAGCAGCGAGAAUCGUCUUCAGGCAAGCGGUUCAGCUGUGAUUGCAGCAGCAGCGGCCAUUGAGGCCGCGUCGAGCAGCACCACCGAAUCGCCGAAGAAGUCGUCACCGUCUUCGUACACCAUUAUCAAGCACGGGAAGAACCGCAAGAGCUUGCGCCACUCGCAGCAGCAGAACCUGGUGGAGGCCGGGGGAAUUGACCAGGAGGUGGAUAACAAGGACGGAAAUCUGGACGUUGAUAGCCUGCCGCUCCCGAGCACGUCCGCGGCGGACAGCGCCGAGGUCAAGCCAACGUCGUCAACGACUGGCGCCGAGGGAGUAAACAACAGCUUUGAGGCGUCCCAUUCAGAGGACACUUCGGAGGAUCAGGACGACGAGGAGGAGGAGGACGAAGACGAGGAGGAGGAGGUGGGCUUUUACGAGAUUGUGAACUCUGCCGACUCUUCGUACGAGGAGGACGCUCAGAUCGUUGCCGAGGAGGACGAGAUCACCGAGGACGAGGACGUCGACGACGAGGAGGACGACGAUAUUGAAGAGGACGAGGAUCUCGAGGAGGAAGACAUCUCUGAGAGUGAAUUUGCCCAGCAACUGAUCGGGGAACUUGGUGGGGCAGGACCACCGCCGGCACUGUAUCAGCAGCAGCCGCCGCCACAGCUGACGCGCUACACGGGUGGUGGAGGCGCCACAGCUACAGCGACAGCAGCCACAUUUGUGCCACCGACGCAGCAGCAACAGAGCUACAAUCAGCAGCAGCAGCAACAGCAACAGCAGCACUCGUCCCUGCGACGCAGUUCACGUGGCAAGACGGGUUCCUGUGUGAGUUCGGCGGCAGCGGCACAGCAGCAGCAGCAACACCAAUCACUCGGCAACGCUGCUGCUGCUACUGUUCAACAACAACAGCAACAGGCACACCAACAGCCGCAGUUGCUGCCACCGCCGGGCACCUAUCAGUACCAGCAAGUCGGUGGCAACACCGUUGUUGUGGCCGUGCGACACCAGCAACAGUUGCAACAGCAACAGCAACAGCAGCAGCAGCACUUGGCUCUCCAGCAACAGCAGCAGCAGCAGCAGCGUGCCACAAUCGUGCAACCGGGAUUCCUCUUCAGCUAUCGGAGUAACCAUCCCCAACAACAUCCGCCGCAUCCUGCGCACCCCUCGCAGCAGCAACAGACGCAAGCAACUCAACAACAGUCGCAGACAACUCAACAACAGAUCCAUCAGGGGCCCAAAGCGACGCAUAGCAGUGCUUCGGAUGCUUUAACCUAUAGUUUGAUGGCACAACAACCGCCAAGUGGACCGCCGCAUGCAGGUGGACAGCAAGUAACGCCAGGUACCAACUCGACCAACCUCAGCAUCGUUGCGGCCGCCUUGAGUGCCGCCCGGGACGUUCGCGAGUCGAUAGCCGGCGUAGGAGGAAGCAGCAGCGGCAGUGGUGCCUCAGGAGCAGCAGUAGGGUCUGCUACAGGAGGUGGAUCGUCUGCAGGUGGAGCCAGCGCGGUGGGCGCUACCAGCAGCAGCAGCGGCGGUGCCGGCUCAGCCAGCCAAAGCAACAAUGUGACUUCUGGCGGCGGAUCAGUGGCAGGCGGUGGCUCUGGCUCGGCCACCACCUCGACCACGAACAGCACCACCACCCAGCAUGGAGCCGCCGACUCGGAGAGCGAUGACAGCGAGGUGGGUCGUCUGCAGGCCCUGCUCGAGGCCCGCGGCCUGCCGCCGCAUCUGUUCGGCGCCCUGGGGCCCCGCAUGACUCACAUCCUCCAUCGCACGAUCGGAAACAGCAGCAGCUCCAAGGCCAACCAGCUGCUCCAGGGACUGCAGUCGCACGACGAGUCCCAGCAGCUGCAGGCCGCCAUCGAGAUGUGCCAGAUGCUGGUGAUGGGCAACGAGGACACCCUGGCCGGAUUCCCCAUCAAGCAGGUGGUGCCGGCCCUCAUCAAUCUGCUCCGCAUGGAGCACAACUUCGAUAUCAUGAACAACGCCUGUCGCGCCCUGGCCUACAUGCUGGAGGCCCUGCCCCGCUCCUCGGGCACGGUCGUGGAGGCUGUGCCCGUGUUCCUGGAAAAGCUGCAGGUCAUCCAGUGCAUGGACGUGGCUGAACAGAGUCUCACGGCCCUCGAGAUACUUUCGCGCCGCCACAACAAGGCCAUCCUGCAGGCCAACGGCAUCUCGGCCUGCCUCACCUACCUGGAUUUCUUUUCGAUUGUCGCGCAGCGCGCGGCUCUCUCCAUCACCGCUAACUGCUGCCUGAACAUGCACUCGGAGGAGUUCCACUUUGUCUCCGAGAGUUUGCCCAACCUCGCCCGCCUGCUCUCGCAGCAGGACAAGAAGUGCGUGGAGAGCGUCUGCUCGGCCUUCUGCCGCCUGGUGGAGAGCUUCCAGCACGACAGCAAGCGCCUGCAGCAGAUCGCCAGCGCGGAUCUGCUCAAGAACUGCCAGCAGCUGCUGCUGGUCACCCCGGCCAUACUGAACACGGGCACCUUCACCGCCGUCGUCCGAAUGCUGAGCCUCAUGUGCGGCAGCUGCCCCGACCUGGCCAUCUCGCUGCUGCGCAACGACAUUGCCGCCACCCUGCUCUACCUGCUGACAGGGAACGCGGAGCCGGCUGCGGCCAGUGCCACGCACGUGGAGCUCAUCUCCCGCUCCCCCUCGGAGCUGUACGAGCUGACGUGCCUCAUUGGGGAGCUGAUGCCGCGCCUGCCCCUGGACGGGAUCUUCUCGGUGGACGCCCUGCUGGACAGACCCACGCUCAACACCCAGGACCAGGUGCACUGGCAGUGGCGCGACGAUCGCGGCGCCUGGCACAACUACUCGACCAUUGAUUCGCGCCUCAUCGAGGCCGCCAACCAGAGCAGCGAGGAUGAGAUCAGCCUCAGCACGCUGGGACGCACCUACACCGUCGAUUUUCAUGCCAUGCAGCAGAUAAACGAGGACACUGGCACCACCCGUCCAGUGCAGCGCCGCAUGAAUCACAACUAUGUGGCGCCCAUGGCUGCCGGACAGGAUUUGACCACAAACUCCUCAGCGGCGGCAGCAACAGCAGGAGCAGGCUCAGCCCCAGCUGCAAAUGGAGCCUCCACAUCGGCCCAAGCAGCGGCAGCAGCAGCCUCUGCAUCGACGUCCACAUCCGCAUCCACAGCGACAGCUACAUCCUCAAGCAAUGCCAACAACAAUAAUAAUAACAACAACAAUAACAAUCCACCACGAAGCCAGUCGAAACGUCGUCCCUCGCUGGACGCAAGGAUUGCCUGUCUGAAGGAGGAGCGCGGCCUGGCCGCCGAAUUCAUCAAGCACAUAUUCAACGUCCUGUACGAGGUGUACAGCUCCUCGGCGGGGCCCAAUGUGCGCUACAAGUGCCUGCGGGCACUGCUCCGGAUGGUCUACUACGCCACACCGGAGCUGCUGCGUCAGGUGCUCAAGUACCAGCUGGUCUCGAGCCACAUUGCCGGAAUGCUGGGCAGCAACGACCUCCGCAUCGUGGUGGGGGCCCUGCAGAUGGCCGAGAUACUGAUGCGCCAGCUGCCCGAUGUCUUUGGCACCCAUUUCCGACGCGAGGGCGUCAUCUAUCAGUUCAGCCAGCUGACGGACCCCAACAAUCCGAUCUGCUCGAAUCCCUCGCCCAAGCCCCUGAGUGCCACGGCCACGCCCACGGCCAAUGCCAAUGCCAAUGCCAGUGCCGGAGGCUCACAGUCGGCCCCCGCCUCGGCCAACAGCCUGCAAGUGAACCCCUUUUUCAUGGACAGCAGCAGCGGCAGUGGCAGUGGCGCCCCAGGCUCGUCGAGUGCCUCGGCCACGCCGAGCAGCAGCAAACAUCAGUCGUACAGUGUGAAGAGCUUCUCGCAUGCCAUGAACGCGCUCACGGCCAGUGCCAAGUCGUCACCGUCACCCGUGCCCGUGCCGGUUCCCACUGGAUCUCUGGAUGGCACAGCCUCCUCUUCCACGUCCGGAUACAACUACAGCAGCUCGGCCCCAUCCUCGUCGUCUUCGACGGCGGCCGGACCGCAGGCCGCCUACUUUGUGUCCACGCCGCAGGGGGAUCCGCGCCAGUACGUGCACUUCCAGCAGCCGGCAGCCCCUGGACCGCCGCCGCCACAGCUGGACCUGGUGCCCAGUGGCAUCCAGCAGAUGUCCCAGCAGAUGCUGUACACACCGGCGUCAGCAGCCGCCGCACUGGGAGCACAGAACAACUACGCAUCCAAUCAGAUGGUGGUGGCCUCCACAAGCAGUGCCGCCGCCUCCGGCUCUACGGCCGCAGCUGGCAACAACUCAUCGACAUCGUCCUCGUCGUCAUCAGCCACGGCCCUGCAGCACAAGAUGACGGACAUGCUGAAGCGCAAGGCCCCGCCCAAGCGCAAGUCGCAGAGCAGCGGACGGGCCAAGUCCCGGCAGGAGGAUGCCUUGGUGGCAGCUGCCGCCGCCGCUGCAGCAGCAGCAGCAUCCGGAUCAGGAGGAGGACCACCCAUCAGUUCGGCCAUGCACGAUCUGCUCAGUCGGGCCACAAGUCUCGGCGGCAGCUCUGGGGGUCGCGGUACAGCCAGCUCGGGCAGCGGCUCGGGAAGCUCCAAAAGUCGCUUCAAUGCUGGGAACGCCACCAACGCCGGCUCUACGAAAUCCUCGUUCUUGGCCUCGCUCAAUCCGGCUCGCUGGGGCCGCCAGACGGCCCACCAUCACCACCAUCACCAGCAGCAGCAACAGCAGCAGCAGCAGCAGCAGUCGGCGCUGCAGCACCAUGGACUGACCAAAGAUUCCGGCAAUGCCAACGCCAGCGUAGGAGGAUCCUCCUCGGCCUCGGCCCUGGCCUACUCGGUGAGCCAGCACGGCGGAGGAGCCGUUGGCGGACUGAAUGCCGCCGCCGUGGCGGCCAGCAUCAGCAAGAGCAUCUCCCAUGCCAAUCUCCUGGCGGCGGCCAAUCGCGAGCGGGCCCGCCAGUGGGUCCGCGAGCAGGCCAUUGACUUUGUCAAGCGCUACACGGAGCAGGAGGCGCGUCGCAGCAAGGCCUCAAGCGGAGGAGCAGCCUCUGAGAGCAGCUCCUCGACAGCCUCAAACACGCAGCUGUCGACGGCGGGCAGCACCAAUGUCCUGGAGCGUCUGUCGAGCAUCCUGCUGAAGUUGAACGGCAGCUACCAUGACUGCCUCGACGCCCUGCUCGAGCUGAAGACGAUCCUGCUGGAGAGCGACAUCUCCCCGUUCGAGGUGAACCACUCGGGCCUGAUCAAGGCCAUGCUCAACUACAUGACCAGCGAGUCGGGUCUGGUGGACCGCGACGCGCGUCUGCGCAGCUUCAUGCACGUCUUUGCUGGACUGCCCCUCGAACCCUUGACCCAGAAUGUGGGACAGUUGCCCGCGAUCGAGUCGGUGGCCUUCGGGGCGUUUGUGGCCAAGCUUAAUGGGUGCGUCACCCAGUUGGAGCAGUUCCCUGUGAAGGUGCACGACUUCCCGGCGGGUCCCGGCGGCAGAUCCAAUCAGAGCGCGUUGCGUUUCUUCAACACGCAUCAGUUGAAGUGCAACUUGCAGCGCCACCCACAGUGCAGCAAUCUGCGGCAAUGGAAGGGGGGCACCGUCAAGAUCGAUCCUCUGGCCAUGGUCCAGGCCAUCGAACGCUAUCUGGUGGUCCGCGGCUAUGGAGGCAUUCGAGCCGACUCUGACGAUGACAGCGAGGAUGACUUGGACGACAAUGUGGCUGCCGUGGUGAUGACCCAGGCAGGCUUCAAGCACAAGCUGCAGUUCAUGAUCGGGGAGCACGUGCUGCCCUACAACAUGACCGUAUACCAGGCCGUGAAGCAGUUCUCGCCGCUGGUCAACGAGCAGCCGGAGACUGACAACGAGUCGGAGACGCUGCUGGGCAACGCGAGCAUCUGGGUGCAGCAGCACACCAUAUACUAUCGUCCCGUGGAGGAGGAGGCAUCAGCUGCAGCCCCGGCCUCCUCUAGCAGCAGCUCAUGCAGCAGCAGUGCCCAGAAGCACCAGCAGCAGGCGACCAGCUCCAGCUCCUCUACCCCGAGCUAUGCCAAUGCCUCGUCCUCGUGCUCCUCGUCGGGAGCGGCGAGCGGCUCCUCUUCGAAGAAGUCGCACAAGUCGAGCAGCAAGUGUAUGCGCAAGAAGACGGAGCUCUGGCACGAGGGCAUCGCACCCAGCGUGGUGUCUGCCCUGAAGCCGUUCCUCAACAGCGUGCUGCCCGCCGACGUGGUGACCGUGCAGGACGCCUCCCUGGACGCCCUGUGCAUGCUGCGCGUGAUCCACGCCCUCAACCGCCACUGGGAGCAUCUGUACGGCUGUGUGGUGCGCCAGAACAUCAUUCCGCAGUCGGAGUUUGUGCACCCGAAGAUCACGGCCAAGGCCAAUCGCCAACUGCAGGAUCCCCUCGUGAUCAUGACCGGCAAUCUGCCCCAGUGGCUGCCCCAGAUCGGCAUGGCCUGCCCCUUCCUCUUCCCCUUCGAGACGCGCCAUCUGCUCUUCUAUGCCACCAGCUUCGACCGGGACCGCGCUCUGCAGCGCCUACUGGACACCACACCGGACUUGAAUGCCGCCGAAUCAUCGGAGCGCGUAGCGCCGCGCCUGGACCGCCGCAAGCGGGCCAUUUCCCGGGCCGAGAUCCUCAAGCAGGCCGAGCACAUCCUCCAGGACUUUGGCCAUUCGAAGGCCCUGCUGGAGAUCCAGUACGAGAACGAGGUGGGCACCGGCCUCGGCCCCACCCUGGAGUUCUAUGCUUUGGUAUCUGCCGAGCUGCAGCGCACGGAUCUGGGCCUCUGGAACGGCAGCGACAGCUAUCGCCAGAACUCUGUGACCAUCGUGGAUGUGGUCAAGUCCAGCAAUGCUGUGCUUCACAUUGAGGAUGCCCUCGAGGCAACCACCAUGGAUCAGUCACCGCCGGCUGCCACUUUAGUCAGCAGCAGCGGCACCACCACCACCACCAGCACGACGACAACAGCAACAACCCAACAGCCGCCAAAUCAUCCACAUUCACAUCCCACCCGCUCCAGCAGUCGCUCGCACGCCCUGCGCAGUGGAGCCGGACAGCAGCAUCAGCAGCAGCAGGCGGAGCACAGCUCCUCCAAUGCCGGCUCCAAUGAGAACGCUUUAAAUAUGAUAAUCGCACAGCAAAUAAGUGAUAUGGCUGUUCAGAAUCAGAACGAUACAGCCACUACGACGACCAGCACAACAAACACCAACAGCACCACCGUGGCAGCGGAGCAGCCCCCACAGACAACCACAACCACCACCACGAUGAGCUAUGUGAACGCGGUGCAUGGGCUGUUCCCCCUGCCUCUAGGCAAGUCCUCGAAGGUGCCGCAAAUGACGAAAGCCAAGACCAAGUUUAAGUUCUUGGGCAAGUUCAUGGCCAAGGCUGUGAUGGAUAGUCGCAUGUUGGAUUUGCCCUUCUCGUUGCCCUUCUAUCGCUGGCUGGUCAGCGAGGAGCACUCGAUUGGCCUGGCCGAUCUGAUGCGUGUGGCACCGGAGGUGCAGAACACAUUGGUGCGUCUGCAGGAUGUGGUGCGUCAGCGCGAAUAUCUCCUGUCCGAUCCCAACCUGGAUGCCAUGGAGAAGACAGAGAAGAUUGAGCAACUGGAUCUCGACGGCUGUCCCAUAGCCGAUUUGGGGCUCGACUUUGUCUUGCCUGGUCACGCCAACAUUGAGCUGUGUCGCGGGGGACGCGACACGCCCGUGACUGUACACAACUUGCGACAGUAUAUCUCCCUGGUGAGCUACUGGUUCCUCAUCGAGGGCGUACAAAAGCAGUUUGAGGCACUGCGUGAGGGCUUCGAUUCCGUCUUUCCCAUACAACGCUUGCGCAUGUUCUAUCCCGAGGAGCUGGAGUGCGUCUUCUGUGGAUCGGCCAAUGAGCAGCAGCACCAGCGCUGGGAUGCCAAAAUGCUGCAGGACAGCUGCCGUACGGAUCACGGCUUCCACCAGGAAUCUCAGGCCAUACAGCAUCUGUACGAGAUACUCUCCUCGUACAACCGCGACGAGCAGCGCGCCUUCCUGCAGUUCGUGACGGGAUCGCCACGCCUGCCCACCGGCGGCUUCAAGGCCCUCACCCCGCCGCUGACCAUUGUGCGCAAGACCCUGGAUGGCAAUCAGAAUCCCAAUGAUUAUCUACCGUCUGUGAUGACCUGUGUCAACUACCUGAAGUUGCCCGACUACUCCAACCGUGAUGUGAUGCGGCAGAAACUGAAAGUGGCCGCCAACGAGGGCAGCAUGUCCUUCCAUCUCUCUUAAGCAAAUCAAAACCAGCAAAGAGCGGCAAAAACACUACCAACUAAGACAACACCCAAGACCAGAAGAAAUCAACUACUAAACAAAAGAAAACCAGGGCAUAAUGGCAUACUACAUAUAUACCAUACAAUAUGUAGUCGGUCCUCCCCCCGCCCCAAAGUUCACGGGCACCUUUUUUGAAUUCGUUUCGGUGCCGUUUCACAAAUCUUAUUUCUGAUCGUGUGGCUACAGCACCCCCUCCACGUGUCCCUCUAUUCUUUCCAUUUCCUCCAGAGAUCUCUCGAUAGUAGCAUCUCUGACUCUGAAAAAUUCGCCCAGCUUUCGGCACUUUUGCUAAAUUUCAAUAUUAAUAUAUGGAUAUUUUUUUUGACACUUCUAAAUUUCGGGAAAUUGGGAAUAGAGGGAAGUCCCAAUCGACCAUUUAAUUACAUGAGACACUGUUAAGCACCCCACCCCCCACACACGAAAUUGUUCUUAAAUAAAUUGCAUAGUUAAAGAAAA